UUCCAAACAAGUCCAAUGGAUAGAAGCGGACUAAUUUUAAUGUGGGGGCCCUUGUUCCACUUUUGGAUUUUUGACACAUUGCUGCCAGCAACUAACUGAAUUUACUUCGGGUGGGGUGCAAUUCAGGCAUGAUCGAUUUGUAUAAAUUGCUUGCAUCAGGGUAGCAAAACCAAUCAAACGUUCGCAUUUGAUCCAUUUAGAACUCGAUCUAGUGUGGUUAAUUCAACAAUAGUUUCAACAUGUUCAAGCUGUGCGUCUUCGUUGCCCUCCUUGCCUACGCUUCUGCUGGGCUCAUUUCCACUGGACUAAUUGAUGAGGGAAUCUCUUUGGGAGGUUUGGGCGGUUUGAGCACCAUAGGAGGUAUAGGAAGUUUGGGCGGAUUAAGCACCAUAGGAGGUCUUGGAGGUCUGGGAGGUCUUGGAGGUCUGGGAGGUCUAGGAGGCAUUGCCCUGGGCAGCAAAGUGAUUGCCGCCCCUACCAUCGCAGUCAAGGCUGGUGCAACCUCCUACCAGAACAGCAACCUCCUUGCUUUGCACCCCACCCCCGUAGUAACCAAAGCAAUUGCGGCCCCCAUUGCGGCUCCCAUUGUCACCAAAGUGGCCUCCCCCAUCUCCAUUCUCGGCUUGGGACAUGUAGGACUUGGCAACUUAGGAUUGGGAGGUUUAGGCCUUGGCAUCCACUAAACGAUGUUAGGUUUUUGAUGGCGAUGUUUGUUAUAUAGAUGAGCAAUUACUGUUAUUUAUUUAUUUAUUUAAAUGAAAUAAAGAUGCUUUCAAGAAUUCCA